GGUGUCAUUGGGACAGUCCUAGAGGGUGGUGCCAAUGGAUGAAUGGAUGGAUGGACGGUAGUCCAGGGAUGAUGUCCCUGUCUGUCCUGAACCGGGCCCUUCCUCCAAUGAGAAGCCUUCCUGAGAAACUGGGCAUCUCUGUGGCCCUGAGUAUCCCAGGAGGCUGAUCGUACAGAGACCUCUGGUGCCUGACCCCAGUUCGCAUCCACAACCCUGGAAUAGCCCAUCACAGGCCCUUCACCCUUGGCAGGUGGACACCGUUCAACCUGCUGGGGCAGGAUGAACAUGGUGGAGGAUGUAGAUAGUUGGCGGGCGCAGGAGCGAGAGGACGUCAUCAGGAAAUAUGAACAGGGGCACCAAGCUGGGCUGCCAGAGGACAAGGGGCCUGUGCUUAUCGGAAUGUUCGAACACAUGGAUCCGUUUGGGAUUGUGCAUGAGAUGGAGCUGCCUUCUCUGACUGCGCGGGAGGCAAAGCGAAUUCGGCGGGAGACAAGGAGAAACAGCAAGUGGCUGGAGAUGCUGGGCGAAUGGGAGACGUACAAGAACAGUGAAAAGCUCGUAGAUCGCAUAUACGAGGGAAUUCCCACGAACAUCCGGGGCCCGGCGUGGUCAGUCCUCCUGAACAUUCAGGAAAUCAAGUUAAAAAACCCCAGCAAAUACAAGCUCGUGAAGCAGAAGGGCAAGAGGUCAUCUGAACACAUCCACCAGAUCGACCGGGAUGUUAGCAGGACUCUCCAGAACCAUGUCUUCUUCAGGCAUCGAUAUGGAGCCAGGCAGCGGGAACUCUUCUACAUCCUCCUGGCAUCUGCGGAGUAUAACCCGGAGGUGGGCUACCACAGGAACCUGAGCCACAUCGCCCCCUUGUUCCUCCUGUAUCUGCCUGAGGAGGACGCAUUCUGGGCACUGGUGCAGCUGCUGGCCAGUGAGAGGCACUCCCUGCAGGGAUUCCACAGCCCAAAUGGCGGGACAGUCCAGGGGCUCCAAGACCAUCAGGAGCAUGUGGUACCCACGUCACAACCCAAGACCAUGUGGCAUGUGGACCAGGACAUAGACGCUGGUCUAUGCGGGCAGUGUUUCUCGUUAGGCUGGCUUCUCCGGAUGUUAAUGAAGAUCUCUCUCGGGCUGACCCUGCGCCUGUGGGACGUGUACCUGCUACAAGGAAAACAAGCACGGAUGCCCAUGACCACCAUUGCGUUCGAGGUGCAGAAGAAGCGCCUCAAGGAGACAUCCAGUUCUGGCCUGUGGGCGUGCUUUCGGAGCCAGUUCUGCCGUCACUGGGCCAGGGAUGAUGACACGGUGCUCAAGCACGUCAGGGCCUCUGUGAACAAACGAGGGAGGAAGCAAGCGGACCUGCCACCCUCAGCCAAAGCCGAGCAAGGGUCCUCGGCACCCGGGCCUGUGCUGGCUUCACGUGGCGGGAAGACCUUCUGCAAGGGGGACAGGCAGGCCCCUCCAGGCCCACCAGCCCGGUUCCAGCGGCCCAUUUGGUCAGCUUUCCCGCCACGAGCACCUCAUUCUUCCACACCCUGUCCUGGUGGGGCUGUCCGGGAAGACAGCUACCCUGUGGGCACUCAGGGUGUGCCCAGCCCGGCCCUGGCUCAGGGAGGACCUCAGGGUUCCUGGAGAUUCCUGCAGUGGAACUCCAUGCCCCGUCUCCCGAUGGACCUGGAUGUAGGGGGCCCUUGGUUCCCCCAUUAUGAUUUCGAACAGAGCUGCUGGGUCCGUGCCAUAUCCCAGGAGGACCAGCUGGCCACCUGCUGGCAGGCUGAACACUCUGCCGAGGGAGUGAGAUUGGCUCUCGCCGAACUGAACAAUGUGGGCAUGGACUUCCGGGCCCUGCAGUGCACCCAGCACUGAUUCCGACCAGGACACCUCCUUCGCAGCUAGGGACGAGGAGCAGUGCACUCCCACCUCAGGGCCUUAUUAUUUAGUUAAUAGGAUUGUACUCAUGUUACAUCUCUCAAUUUUUUUUUAAGAGAUAAAGUCUCACUCUGUCACCCAGGCUGGAGUGCAGUGGUGCAAUCAUGGCUCACUGCUUCCUGGAACUCAUGGGCUCCAGCAAUCCUCCUGCCUCAGCCUCCUGACUAGGUGGGACUAUAGGCACACGCCACCGUGCCUGCUAAUUUCUUGGACUUUUCUCUAGAGACAGGGUCCACCCGUGUUUCCCAGGCUGGUCUCAGACUUCUAGACUCAAGUGAACCUGAACCUCCCGCCUCGACCUCUCAAAUUGCUGGGAUUACAGGUGUGAGCCACCACACCCGGCCUGAAUUUCUUAUGUGCCAUGCUACUACAAAACGUCAUUAGGGCUUCCUUCCCCUCCCUCCUUCCCUCCUUUCCUUCCUCCCUCCCUUCCGUCCUUCCUUCCCUCCCUCCCUCCCUCCCUCCCUCCCUCUGUGGCCCCGGCUGGAGUAAACUGGGCUCGCUGCAGACUCCCUGCCUCCGGCUCCCGUGAUUCUCCUGCCCUGGCCCGCGCGCUGCCUGGGAUUGCCGCCGCGCGCCACCACCCCUCCCUGGUUUUUCUCCUUUGGCUGGAGGCGCCGUUUCGCCAUGUCGGCCAGGCUGGUCUCCAGCUCCUGACCUCCACUGCUCUGCCCGCCUCGGCCUCCCGAGGUGCUGGGACUGCAGAAGGAGGCUCGGUGUGGCCCGGGCUGGAGUGCGGUGACGUGGUCUUGGCUCGCUGCAGCCUCUGCCUCCCAGCCGCCUGCCUUGGCCUCCCAGGGUGCUGGGAUUGCAGCAUCUGCCCGGCCGCCACCCCGUCUGGUAAGUGAGGAGCCCCUCUGCCCGGCCGCCCCCCCGUCUAGGAAGUGAGGAGCACCUCUGCCCGGCCGCCCCAUCUGGGAAGUGAGGAGCACCUCUGUCCGGCCGCCCCCCCGUCUAGGAAGUGAGGAGCGCCUCUGCCCGGCCACCCCGUCUGGGAAGUGAGGAGCGCCUCUGCCGGGCCACCACCCCGUCUGGGAAGUGAGGAGCGCCUCUGCGCGGCCGCCCCGUCUGGGAAGUGAGGAGCGCCUCUGCCCGGCCGCCCCUUCUGGGAUGUCAGGAGCGCCUCUGCCCGGCCGCCGCAUCUGGGAAGUGAGGAGCCCCUCUGCCCGGCCGCCCCGUCUGGGAAGUGAGGAGCGCCUCUGCCCGGCCACCCCGUCUGGGAAAUGAGGAGCGCCUCUGUCGGGCCACCACCCCGUCUAGGAAGUGAGGAGCGUCUCUGCCCAGCCGCCCCGUCUGGGAAGAAGUGAGGAGCGUCUCUGCCCAGCCGCCCCGUCUGGGAAGAAGUGAGGAGCGCUUCUGCCCGGCCACCCAUCGUCUGGGAUGUGAGGAGCGCCUCUGCCCGGCCACCCCGUCUGGGAAGUGAGGAGCGCCUCUGCCCGGCUGCCACCCCAUCUAGGAAGUGAGGAGCGUCUAUGCCCGGCCGCCCCGUCUGUGAAGAAGUGAGGAGCACCUCUGCCCGGCCGCCCCGUCUGGGAAGUGAGGAGCGCCUCUGCGCAGCCGCCCCAUCUGGGAAGUGAGGAGCGCCUCUGCCCGGCCGCCCCGUCUGGGAAGUGAGGAGCCCCUCUGCCCGGCCGCCCCAUCUGGGAAGUGAGGAGCACCUCUGCCCGGCCGCCCCGUCUGGGAAGUGAGGAGUGCCUCUGCCUGGCCACCCCGUCUGGGAAGUGAGGAGCCCCUCUGCCCAGCCGCCCCGUCUGGGAAGUGAGGAGCACCUCUGCCCAGCCACCCCGUCUGGGAAGUGAGGAGCGCCUCUGCCCGGCCGCCUCGUCUGGGAAGUGAGGAGCGCCUCUGCCCGGCCGCCCCGUCUGGGAAGUGAGGAGCGCCUCUGCCGGGCCACCACCCCGUCUAGGAAGUGAGGAGCGUCUCUGCCCAGCCGCCCCGUCUGGGAAGAAGUGAGGAGCGCCUCUGCCCGGCCACUCAUCGUCUGGGAUGUGAGGAGCGCCUCUGCCCGGCCACCCCAUCUGGGAAGUGAGGAGCCCCUUUGCCCGGCCGCCACCCCAUCUAGGAAGUGAGGAGCGUCUAUGCCCGGCCGCCCCGUCUGUGAAGAAGUGAGGAGCACCUCUGCCCGGCCGCCCCAUCUGGGAAGUGAGGAGCGCCUCUGCGCAGCCGCCCCAUCUGGAAAGUGAGGAGUGCCUCUGCCCGGCCUCCCUGUCUGGGAGGUCUACCACAGAGGCCAGAAGCAAUGUGGGGGCUGGAUGUGGUGGCUCACGCCUGUAGUCCCAGUACUCUGGGAGGCUGAGGCGGGUUGAUCACUUGAGGCUAGGAGCUCGAGACCAGCCUGGCCAACAUGGCGAAACAUGAAAAACACAACUGUCAAACCAACCAACGAACGAAGCGACAACAAAACAGUUCUACCCUGGAGUCAUACUCUAAUUUUUUCUAUUUUCCUCCCUUUCUGAUCCUUUAUCCCACUUUCUUUUUCUUCCUCUUCCUUCUCCUUCUUCUUUGUCAAAUAGAGGAUUGAGUUAUUAUCAUUGAUCCAUACAAAGUCCCUCUCUCAUUUAUUUUCUUUAAUUCCCACCCCCCAUUUCUAUUCCCCGUCUUCCCAUGUGCCACCUUCCUAAUAUGUUUGAUAUGCAUCUUUUUGUUAGUAUGUAGUUUUAGAAAAUGUUUAUUGUUUUGUGUGCAAAAAUAAAUAAAUAAAUAAAAUAAAAAUAAAAUUUAAAAAAAGUCAUUAUGAGGGGAAGUUGGAUGGAAGGUGCAGGACGACGCUGUAGUGCCUUUACAAUACUUCUGUAUAUCUAAAAUCAUUUCAACAGGAAACAUUUAUUUCAAAACGUGAAGGUGGUUCUCCUUCCAUGAGUUUAAAGUACAAAGGCAGGCUCAUGGUGUCAUCAAAACCUUCACGUUUUGAAAUAAAUGUUUCCUGUUGAAAUGAUUUUAGAUAUACAGAAAUAUUGUAAAGGCAGGCCGGGCGUGGUGGCUCAUGCUUGUAAUCCCAGCACUUUGGGAGGCCGAGGCGGGUGGAUCACGAGGUCAGGAGAUCGAGACCUCAGUGAAACCCCGUCUCUACUAAAAAUACAAAAAAUUAGCCGGGUGUGCCGGGCGCGGUGGCUCACGCUUGUAAUCCCAGCACUUUGGGAGGCUGAGGCGGGCGGAUCACGAGGUCAGGAGAUCGAGACCACGGUGAGACCCCGUCUCUACUAAAAAUACAAAAAAUUAGCCGGGUGUGCCGGGCGCGGUGGCUCACGCUUGUAAUCCCAGCACUUUGGGAGGCUGAGGCGGGCGGAUCACGAGGUCAAGAGAUCAAGACCACGGUGAAACCCCGUCUCUACUAAAAAUACAAAAAAAUUAACCGGGCGUGGUGGGGGGUGCCUGUAGUCCCAGCUACUCAGAGAGGCUGAGGCAGGAGAAUGGCGUGAACCCGGGAGGCGGAGCUUGCAGUGAGACGAGAUUGCGCCACUGCACUCCAGCCUGGGCGACAGAGCGAGACUCUGUCUCAAAAAAAAAAAAAAAAAGAAAUAUUGUAAAGGCACUACAGCGUCCUCCUACACCUUCCAUCCUGCUGCCCCUAAUAAUGACGUUUUGUAGUAGCAUGGCACAUAAGAAAUUAAGGCUGGGUGUGGUGGCUCACACCUGUAAUCCCAGCAAUUUGAGAGGUCGAGGCGGGAGGUUCAGGUUCACUUGAGUCUAGAAGUCAGACCAGCCUGGGAAACAUGGGUGGACCCUGUCUCUAGAGAAAAGUCCAAGAAAUUAGCCAGGCACGGUGGCGUGUGCCUAUAGUCCCACCUAGUCAGGAGGCUGAGGCAGGAGGAUUUCUGGAGCCCAUGAGUUCCAGGAAGCAGUGAGCCAUGAUUGCACCACUGCACUCCAGCCUGGGUGACAGAGUGAGACUUUAUCUCUUAAAAAAAAAUUAAGAAGGCUGGGCGUGGUGGCUCACGCUUGUAAUCCCAGCACUUUGGGAGGCCGAGGCGGGCGGAUCACAAGGUCAGGAGAUUGAGACCAUGGUGAAACCCCGUCUCUACUAAAAAAUACAAACCAUUAGCCGGGCGUGGUGGCGGGCGCCUGCAGUCCCAGCUACUCGGAGAGGCUGAGGCAGGAGAAUGGCGUGAACCCGGGAGGCGGAGCUUGCAGUGAGCCGAGAUUGCGCCACUGCACUCCAGCCUGGGCGACAGAGCGAGAUUCCGUCUCAAAAAAAAAAAGAAAAAAAAACAAAACACUUUAUGAACAGGGCCACAGGUUUGCAUGAGGCUUGUCAGUGGACCUCCAGGAUGAAGACCAAAGUAAUUGUACAAUUUCUAGUGGAAUAAUUGACACUUAAGAUCUUAUUUAUUUAUCAAAAGACUGCUGUGAGGUAUGAAUUCUUAACCCCAAUUUGCAGAAACUGAGACUAUGCCUGACACCACAGAGCUAGGAAAAAGUGGGCAUAAGAUCCUCACCAAGUCUGACUUCCAAAGGAAGGUUUGAAAAGAAACCUCCUUGCUACCUGCCAAAUCUCUGUAGAGCCAGCAGCCAUGUUCACACAUCAAACAGGACAAUGACAAUAGCGCCAGGAAUAGCUACUCCUGGUCAGAUGCCCUCAUGAGCUCAACUCCUCAGGAUGGGGACACUGGGCCCUGCCUAGGGGAAAGGAAGGGGGUUUGUAGGGGAAGCCCAGCCAGCCAAGCAACCAGAGAUGGGAAAAACCUAUUGGGAAGAACUUGCUUGCUCUAGCUGGGCUUUGCAAAACACAGGAAAAGAUGAGUCUGCACAGACGGAAAUGGUCUGGAAUGGCUGAAUGUUUCAUGUAGAAAUUUUAUUUUAUGAUGAAUACACUUGUGCCAUUUCUUAGAAUCAUUUGCUUGUUUAAUUCUAGUCUAUCAAGUGAUAAUUUUGUUGAUAUUUAGAGGCUCCUCCUCUUGUUAAUUUCUGUGGGAUUUUUGGUUAUAUUUAAUAAGGAAAAUAAUAUUAAAUGCCUAAGAAAAAAAAGAAACAAAGCCAAUUAUUCCUGAGAAUGUUUAAAUGUAUUGAAGUACACUUGUUAAUUGUUAGUAUAGAACCUACAUUUCAUAAUAGAAAACCUUGGACUUGCCAGUGGUAGCUGCUGGAAUGAGGUGUUUGUCCAGUACAUCCAGAACGUCGCCGCAGAUUAACUUUAGCUCAGUCUCAACCUGAAAAAAUAAAAGUAAAUUUAAAAAAAUCA